AUGCGACAAUUAGCUCAGAAUGUCCUAGACUAUAAGGAUAUUAUGGACCUUAUUCAAGAGGCUGAUUUAAUGAAGACUGUGACUCAGUUCUCAAAGUGCUAUGAGAUGUUGGUAAAGGAAUUUAUUGUUAAUUUGUCUGAAGAAUGUGUUGAUGGCAAGUCUAAGGAAUUCAGGAAAGUGUAUGUGAGAGUCAUCACUGCUAAUCAAGUAAGGAAGUGGCCUCUCAAAGGAAAAUUGGUGGCCAAUAAACUGAGUGUCAAGUAUGCAAUGUUGCACAAGAUUGGAGCUGCUAACUGGGUGCCCACCAAUCAUAAAUCUACAGUUGUUGUAAUGCUUGGAAAGUUUAUAUAUGUUGUUGGAACCAAAGCCAAUUUUGACUAUGGCUCCUAUAUUUUUGAUCAAACUUUGAAGCAUGCAGGAAGCUUCAGUGUGAAGGUUCCUAUAGCCUUUCCUUCUCUCAUCUGUGGUAUUGUUUUGAAUCAGUUUCCAAACAUCUUAACAGAGAAUGAUUCUGUGAAGAAAAGAGACAGCCCUAUGUCCUUCAAUCAUAAGUUGUUCCUAGGUACCCAUGUCCCUGACAUUGUCAUGACAACAGGUGAGACACCACGUGUAAGCAAUCAACCAGGUAAAGUUGUUGUCAUUGCAAUGCUCAAAGAAACUUGCAGGGAGUUAGAGGCAAGGAAGCUGAACUUGGAAAAAUUGAUUAGCACUUUGGAGAUGACUGAAGGUGAUGUGCUUGGUGAAGCUGUUGCUGUUGUAGAAGAAGCUGAAAGACAAGGUGAAGAGGGAGAAGCAGAUGCCAGUCCUGAUGAUGGCACAGAUGCUGAUGCUGACUCUGAGUCAGAUGACUAG